AUGAGCUCCAGAAAGGCGACGUAUUCUUCAACUGACGUGGUGACACAGGAACAGAAGCUACCAGACAAACCAGAAGAGGGAAACAAUCGUAGUUACCAAAUGGGGACAGGUGACAGGAGACGGCUGAUGACCAUCGUCCAUGUGACCAGUGUUCUGCACCACAUGUGUGUGACCAUGGACGGUGGCGCUCUACCGUAUCUAGCCAAACGUCUGAACAUCAGCAACACGCUUUGGGGCCACCUCAUCACCACCGCCGCCCUGCUGCAGUUCACUGGAGGGCCGCUAGUCGGUCGGUUCGGUGACGUGUACGGAGGACGGAUGUCCCUAACCCUGUCCUGCGUUGCCUUGGCAACGACGGCGGCCAUGUUGUCAGUCUGUACUUCAUUCCAGGGUCUACUCUUCUCCAAAUUCCCGUCUGUUUUCUCACAUGUGCCUACAGGCCUUCGGAUGGUGAUUUCUGACGUCACUGAUGACGCAUCACGUUCCACGGAGCUCGGAACGUUACGGAUAUCAAGUACUGUCGGUAACAUGGUCGGGUCGGCGGUUGGAGGGGUUCUGACUGAAACAUACGGGUAA